AUGACCCAAGUCCAACAAGACACAUACAGCCAGAGGUCACCACCAGUCCACCUCCACCCCAUCAACGCUCCAGAGGUCACCACCAGUCCACCCCAUCAACGCUCCAGAGGUCACCACCAGUCCACCCCAUCAACGCUCCAGAGGUCACCACCAGUCCACCUCCACCCCAUCAACGCUCCAGAGGUCACCACCAGUCCACCCCAUCAACGCUCCAGAGGUCACCACCAGUCCACCCCAUCAACGCUCCAGAGGUCACCACCAGUCCAUCUCCACCCCAUCAACGCUCCAGAGGUCACCACCAGUCCACCUCCACCCCAUCAACGCUCCAGAGGUCACCACCAGUCCACCCCAUCAACGCUCCAGAGGUCACCACCAGUCCACCCCAUCAACGCUCCAGAGGUCACCACCAGUCCACCCCAUCAACGCUCCAGAGGUCACCACCAGUCCACCUCCACCCCAUCAACGCUCCAGAGGUCACCACCAGUCCAUCUCCACCCCAUCAACGCUCCAGAGGUCACCACCAGUCCACCCCUUCAACGCUCCAGAGGUCACCACCAGUCCACCCCUUCAACGCUCCAGAGGUCACCACCAGUCCACCUCCACCCCAUCAACGCUCCUCCAGAGGUCCCCACCAGUCCACCUCCACCCCAUCAACGCUCCAGAGGUCCCCACCAGUCCAUCUCCACCCCAUCAACGCUCCAGAGGUCCCCACCAGUCCACCUCCACCCCAUCAACGCUCCAGAGGUCACCAGUCCACCUCCACCCCAUCACGCUCCUCACCACCAGUCCACCCCAUCAACGCUCCAGAGGUCACCACCAGUCCACCUCCACCCCAUCAAUGCUCCAGAGGUCACCACCAGUCCACCUCCACCCCAUCAACGCUCCAGAGGUCACCACCAGUCCACCUCCACCCCAUCAAUGCUCCAGAGGUCACCACCAGUCCACCCCAUCAACGCUCCAGAGGUCACCACCAGUCCACCUCCACCCCAUCAACGCUCCAGAGGUCACCACCAGUCCAUCUCCACCCCAUCAAAGCUCCCUGAUCUGUUCGUGACAAGGGCAGGUUGA